CAUGUCUCUUCUAUCAAUCAACCAUCAUCUUCGGCUGUUUAUCUUGUUCACAGCAUUGCUCCUUUUUGCUGGGCCUGCCAUCUCGGUACCCUCUUACAAGACCGGUCAUGACGACGAUAAGGGUGUCAUACGCGUCAAGCAUGGAGAGUCUAUCCAGGCGGCUAUCGAUCGUGCAAAGCCAUACACUCGCAUCGAAGUUGAAGGAGAACAUCGAGAGCGCGUAGUCAUCAAGAAAGAUGGCAUAUCGCUUAUCGGUAAGGGUGCUAAGCUCUCGCCUCCCAGUGAGCCCGACAGCACGAAGAACUAUUGCUACGGCAAGGUCAAGGUUGGAACGGAUCCGAACCCAGACAACUUGAAGAACGUGAGUGCAGGCAUCUGCAUCCAUGGUCGCGACAUCAAGCUCAAAAUACCCUAUGAACCCGCUGCGCUCCACUGGAGGGUGGAGGAUGUCGGCAACCCCGUCAAAGACGUCUCGGUAUCCGGCUUCGAGAUUUCCGACUUCGACGGAGAGAAUAUCGCUGUUUACGGCGGCAAGGAUACUAAGAUCUCCCGCAAUAAAUUGAAGGGCGGCCUGAGGUACGGUUUCCUCACUGUCGGAUCGAAGGGCACCGAGGCAUGGAAAAACAAGAUCAGCGGCACGCCUGGUACGCUGAGGGCCGGGGAGAUUGCCAUGUGUAUGGAUGAUCGCUCGUCAGCGGUCUUCUCUGAAAACGUCAUCUCGAGCUACUUCAUCGGUCUAUGUACCGAGACUGACGAUGGCUUCGAGAAGGAAAACAACAUCCGUGACUGCUGUAUCGGCAUUGUCAUCGAUCCCACAGUCCGCAAUGCAAAGGCCAUCAACAAUGAUAUCGCCAAGUGGAACCCAGGAUGCUCGCCUGACGCAUCUGCCGGCAUCUCUCUGCUUGGAGCUAAGAAUGCACUGGUCAAAGGCAACAAGAUUAGCAUUGGCAGCAGUCCACCACUCACGUUAGGUGCCGGUAUCUUCAUGGGUUUCGAGGUUGAAUUUGGUGCUGUAAACGAAGGCAACACGAUCACAAAGAACGUGUUUGGGAAAAACCCUGCUGACAUCUAUGUCGACUCGACGGGCACCAAUUACAUCUUCAAUAACACAUGCGACUUACCUCUUCGGGCACCAGGCACGCCGGCGCCAGAAUUCUGCCAGCCACGAGGUCGGGCUUGA